AUGAAGGCCCUUGCCGAAGUCGUGGUCUCUCAAUUCACUGAUGAUGUCGCAAUAUACACAAGCCAACCAACCGUAGCGUCUAUGAAAUCAACCUUUGAGGAAACAGCAAGAAUAAUAGACACCAACCUCAGCGAGAUUGGACGUUCAUUGUCUCCAAUGAAAACGCAACUCGUGCAUUUCCAUCAAAGCAAAAAACCGCCCACACGCACAAGGAUAAAAAUCAAUGACCACCUAAUCCGCUGCUCUCCAGAGGCAAAAUUUCUAGGAGUCAUAUUCGACCAGAGAUUAUCAUUUAAGCCCCAGCUUGCAAAAACCCUACGAUCCUCACUCAAAUCCCUUAACAUCAUAAAAUUCCUCAGAGGCACAUGGUGGGGUGCUCAUCCAGAUACCCUACUAAUAAUCUUUAAAUCCUUCGUUCGUUCAAUCAUCGAUUACAGUUCAUUCAUCUCAUCCCCAAUCUCUAAACUAGACACGAAUAAGCUUGAACGACUUCAGUACGCUGCGAUUCGGUAUUGUCUAGGAUACAGAGUAUCUACUCCAACUAAUGUCCUACUUGCGGAGAGUAAACUUCCGCUCAUUGAAAAACGCUCAAUCUUUCUCUGCAAGAAUUUUCUUAUCAAAGUUCUGUCCAACCGCAAUUCACAGGUCUCGUCGACCAUUCACGCCAUGAUUGAGAAUGACGAAUUUAUACCAAAUGACAAAAAACGUAUGAUUAAAAAGUGCAUACGAGAGUUAAUCCAGAUGAUCAAAGAGUUGUGCAUGGAAGAUCAUUUCAACAUGUACCUGUACGAAUACAGGACAAUCGUUGCUAGUCCUGCUAUUGAGGACGAGCCAACAGAAACCUCCCCAGAAAUAGAUCGUAGGCAACGAAAUGCCAUCAAAAUUUUCACUGACGGUAGCAAAGAACCAAACGGGAAUUCUGUGGGCUCGGCCUGUUUCUCACCGCGUCUCAAGUUGGCGAGAUCUCUCAGCAUCAAUCCCCGGGCAUCGGUGUUUACCGCUGAAUGUCUGGCGAUUGAUGAGGCCAUAAAAAUCGCUGUCAACUCACCCAACCAUGAUUAUAUCAUUGUAACGGACUCCCUCAGUGCCCCCACUUCGUUAUCACGACCAACCCAUAACAUCAGAGACAAUAAAAUGUUACUAGAAAUAAAAAAAACUGAAGAAUUCAACCAGAACAAUAACAAUCAAAAUAGCAUAAAAUUUGAGUGGGUUCCCUCGCAUACGGGAAUUGAGGGUAACGAGGAAGCCGACCGACUGGCCAGGGAAGCCACGGAUUUACUCCCCAACUUCAGACUCCCAGUACCGUUUACCGACUUUAGGGAAUAUAUGAAGAAAGAGUCUCUAGAAUCUACCCUAGAAAUUUGUAUAGAGGAAGGGAGAAACGACAACGCCAGAGGUAACGGCAAAACAUUUUUCAAGGAAUUCUACAGAGAUAGCAGAAAACCCUGGUUCCACAACAAGGAAUAUCGGCGGUCAACGAUAGCAUGGGUCAAUAGAGCCAAGGCCAACCACUAUCACCGUGCAGCCUCCUUGAAAAGAAAAAAUUUUAUAAAUUCAGCUGAAUGUGAGUGUGGUUGCCCUGACGAGGACAUUGACCAUGUUCUCUGGGACUGUCCUAGACACGACGCUCCCAGGUGUAGAAUGUACUGUUCAUUUGUGAAGAACCAACUCUGGCGUCCUUAUAGCAGCAAAAAGAUUCUAAAAGAGUUAGACCCUAAGUGCAUUGAAAUUAUAUCGACCUUUCUCCAUGAGAGCAAUCUGAGAGUGUAA